GGGAACCGGGCGGAGUAAGUUAGGGUUAUUGUUGCGCUUUCUUCUCUGUUUCUGUUGGCCUCGAGGGGGAAGAAGAGGAUGGCGCUGACCAACUUCAUCGUGACGGUCGUGGGGGUGACGGCGGCCGUGCUCCUCCUCCGCAGCGACGUCAAGCAGUCCGCCGCCAUCUUUCGCCGCAACGUCCGCCACAUCCGCCAGUGGCUCGAAGAAGAGUCCGCCUCCGCCGCCAAAUCUGUGGAGCGAUCCGCACCCAAGGAGUUGGAUUCUCAGGCUCCAAGGAAAGAGAUUCACAAGGAUGAGAAGCACUAGAAUGUGAGGAAGGGUGUUUGACAUGUUUUCCUUGUUUUACCAAUGAUGUUAGGUUUUCUUUAAAUAAUGGUUCUUUAUCUAAGACACCUUAUUUUUGUUCUUUUGAGGGUAAGGAUAAUGAACCAACUUUCCACUGCAAAGAACAUAUCCGCUAAUAUGUUUGUGUAGCGUAGACUAUCAUCAAGCAACUAUCACUGUAACUGUACACCCUUGGAAAGAAAGGUAAAUAUGAAGUCAGUUCCUUUAUUUCA